GAAAGUUUCAUCACAACGUAUAUCGAUUUCCAACUUCAUUAGAAACGGUUCGUUAUUAUUAUAAGCUAGAUAGAAGUAUUCUUGUUGGUUAAACCAAACUAAGUUAGGUGCACUUACAUCUUUCAACCACCAAACCUAAUCGUUUGUCAUACUGAAUUUGAGUUUUUUUUUGUUGUGCUUGAAUUUUCUUCUUGCUUUCACUCUGAAUAGUUUGUAAAUAAAUUGCGGAAUCAAAAGCCAACUAAGCACGGGUUGUUAACUUUCUAACUGUACUACAAGUGUAUGGUUCGACCUUCGCCACCUCUUAAAAAAUUGAAGGAGCAUAAUAUUUAUUCUCGUAUUUAUUUCUAAAAAAGGAAACGAAAAAAAAAAACAAAAAUGUCAAGGGAGCUUGCAAGAAGUCGAAGAUCUAGGGGAGAGAAGCCUUCCAGAAAAACUCCUUUUAAUAAAAACUAUCCAGAUUCAGAUACAUUGAGCGUCUCUACAAAAGAGGAAUUGGGUGAUGAUGCUCUUGCAGCAGAGGAGGGUGACUCUGUUUUGAACGAGCAGGAACUGGAGGAAACUUUAGAAGGAAACGACGAGGAGGAAGAAGGAGGCGAUGACGACUUUGAAGAUGAAGACGAAGAAGAAGAGGAAGCGGAAGAAGAGGAAGAAGAAAAAGACACAGAAAGCAACGUUAGUCCACCCGUCAAUUUCAGAAGCAAAAGAGACAGAAGAGAGAGAAACGCUUCGAAACGAAAAGUUAGUUAUAUAGAGUCAGAUCAAGAUGAAGAAGAACAAGAGGAGGAUGAGCUUGACGAAGACGAGCAAUUAGGCGAUGAGGAAGAGAACUUCACUGACUUGAAGGAUUUAUACUCCCAGCCCAUGCCUUCUGGAGCAACGGAUUCUUCCAGAAUGACAAAAAGACAACGAGCUCUCCAAGGCGUAUUAGAAGAGGGCGAAGAAGAUGACAUGUUGGAGCUUCCGCCGGAAACAUCAGGUCGGAAAAAGCUGACUGAGGAAGAAAUGGCUUUACGAAGAGUAGAAAAUGCAAGAAGAAGAAAGAAUCAAAGCGAAAAAAAGUUAGAGGAAGAAAAAAUGGAAACUAUUAAUCGACUUUUAAAGAGGCAAUCUAAUACCGACAAGCCUCGACGUGGUCGUACACCGAUGGUAACCAGCGAUCAUUCAGGCACACCCAAGAAGACCAUCAAAAAAUCCAGAGUAUCCAUGCACCAACCGUUCCAGUGCAUUCGUUGGAUCAACAACCAAGAGGGUAGUAGGGCCAUCAUACCAGAUUCGUUGUACCCAUUUUACCAAAAAUGAAACUGUGAACCCAAUGAUAGUCUUGUACAUGUUUUUACCUAAUCUUUUAUAAGGUUAUUAAUGAGGAUAACAUUCAUGAUUUUUGCAUCUACAAUCUACAUAUUUUUUAUUGCUAUGAAAUCAUUCAUUCCCUACAGAACCAAAGUCAUAGAAUUCGUUUUAGAGGAGUAAAAAGGAUAAGAAUAAGAAAAGCAGAAAUUGGGUCUCUGCUUUCGUCCAUUUUUAAAAAUCAUAUUUAUGAUUUUGGUUUACUUUUCUUUUUUGUUAAUACUUUCUUAAUUCUUUCCUUUUUUUCUUUCCUCCCUAUGAAAUUUUUUGUUUUAUCUCCAGCUUGGCUGCAUUCGUAAUUUUCAUCCAAUAUUUCGU